AUGAUCAAUAGUGAGCGUUUAACGUUACGUAGACUUCCAUAUAGAAUUCUCGAUGAUUCUGGUAAUAGUGAGAUUAAUGUCGAAAAUUGGUAUGGUGCACGAAUGCAAAAUCAUAAACCUGAUAUAACACAAUUUGAUUCUUAUCAUUCAAUAUUUCGUUAUAAAUAUAAUUCAAAAUUUUGGCUUGAUCAAUUCAUGCGCAAUAAAAAGGAACUUGAACAAAUAACAGAUCAAGAUGAACGUCGUCAGAAUGAUUUUAGUCGACGUAUGCUUCGUGUUACUGUUAUGUUAAAUACAAUGGCAACGAUGCGCAAACGUAAAUACAUUUUAGAAGAUUCUACAACAAAAACUAAAGUAGUCAUCGAACCUCCAUCUUCUCUUGUUACUAUUCUGUACAAUCAUCAAUCAAAAUUAACUCAAAAUGGUCAAACACAUCACCAUUUAGUUCCACCAACGUGCGUGUAUUAA